CGCAUUUCGCGCGCUUCUUUCUAAUGUAAAUAUUGAUUUUAAUUAUUGCAAAAAUAUUGUCAUUGUUACUAAUUUAUUGUGUUAAAUUAAAAGUGGUUUCGUGCACAUUUACAACAUUAUUUGAUUGGUAUAAUAUAUACCUAUAUUAUUCUGGUUACGUACUUUUAAGUUCUAACGAGAUAAAAUUAAAAAGAAAAUUAAUAUUUCGUAUUUGCAAAGAUCAGGGUGGUUUUAUGAGAUCAAGCAAAGUGUUUUUAUAAGUUUACAAUUUAAACUUUAUGGAGAAAAAGGUUGAGGUCGAGGUACAUGCAUCAAGUUCGCUCGAUGAUGAAAAUUUGGACAUUAGUGUGGAUUUAAUUGACGAUGGAUUAUAUCUAGGUAACCUGGCAUGUGCUCACGACCACAAGACCCUGGAGAAACUGAAAAUCACACACAUAUUGACAAUAGACCUUGUGCCUUUACCUAGGACUAUUUUGGAUCGACCCAACCUUACAUUCAAAUAUGUCAAGUUGGCAGAUGUGCCUCGAGAGGAUUUGAUAAGUCACCUCCCAGAGUGUAAUGAUUUCCUAAAACAAGCAAUAUGUGAUAAUGGAUCAGUUCUGGUUCAUUGUUAUUUUGGUGUAUCACGAUCAGCAGCCGUGGUCAUUGGGUAUAUUAUGGAAAAGUACAGUCUAUGCUAUGAAGAUGCUUUUGCGCUCGUCAAGUCCAAGCGAAGAUUUAUUGGACCAAAUAUUGGCUUUGUUGCCCAACUUAAAUUGUUUGGACACAUGGGUUACAAGAUUAACAAAGACGACCCUAGAUUUAAGCAGUUUAGAUUAAAAAUGGCUGGCCAGAAACUGAAACAAAUCAAAAUCUUACCUCAAUUAUUCGCUGACCUGGUUAAACCAGAUCCGGGUAUAAUACAUGAGAGACCAGAUCCAAUAGUGUACAGGUGUAAAAAGUGUCGGCGCAUUGUCGCCAGUCAGAAUAACAUCAUACCCCACAUACCAAAACAAGUUAAGAUUGAAUUGGCCAAGAAAGGUAUCAGACCACCACCGAGUAAACUAACGGGACUGACAUGUGCCGAGAAUGGACAGUUGUUGAUCGACAAGUUGAAGAGUCUGGCUUGUCAGAUCAUCAAUGAGGAUGCUGGGGCUUCCACAGUUGAGGAAGAUGGUGCAAGUCCGCAGGUUCUAGAUGGAUACAAUGAGCAGAACAUGGUGGACUCCAGUAUAGCGGGGCGGGACUGUCCCGAGGUGUGCCGGCUGAUGUGGUUCGUGGAGCCCAUGUCCUGGAUGGAGGACGUGACGCACGCGCCGCACGGCAAGCUGCACUGCCCCAAGUGUCGCAACAAGAUCGGCAGCUUCAGCUGGCUCAUGGGUUGCAAGUGUCCAUGUGGCCAGAAAGUAGCUCCAGCCUUCUACUUAGUGCCGUCAAAGGUGGAGUGGUCAAAUAUAGUACAAAAUGUACAAAUUACAGUUUAGGUAAGGCAGUACUUUUAAGUAUUUGAUGUGUGAGUAUUUUUGUUGCAUCAGUUUACUUAAAUUGAAAAGAAAAAGAGUGGCAAUGAGUUUCUUGUCACUUCUUCUGAUUAAAGCUCAACCGCCACACAUACGAUGUGGCGGUAAAUUUCAAAAGAAAAGAAAACUUGACAUUCAUAAGACAUUGAUAUCUUGACAUUUUAAAGCAGUCUUACAUCCAUUCAUGUACAUGUUAUCUUGAUAAUAAGUUUAUGCCCCGUAACGAAAUAUUGAGGGGUGGAUAUGCAGUGCCUAGGUCAUUGAUUUGGACAGGGAUAACGGGAAAUCCUCUGAGUUCAUCGUGAGACUGUCCACAUGGGACUGUAUAUGUGCACAUGAAUUUGCAAAAAGAUUUCACUGCUCAAGACUGCCGAGUCACAGUGGUUCAUUAAUCAAAUAGAUUCACAAACAACUAUUUGGAAUAUCAAACUAUAACCUAACAUAUGAUUGGCUUGUGUCUUUGAUAUCCAUCAUUGCAAUGUAUUCCGUUGCAUAUUCUGUUUCAUCACGUUAUUAAUCAAUUUAAAUCCAGCAGGGUUGAGAUAAUUCUUACUUGCAAUACUCAUUUAAGUGUUCACAUUAUAUUUGAGUUUCUUAUUAUUUCUUGAAAUCAAUAUUUGACUUGAAUAUUUAAAUCAAUAUUUGAAUUUUAUUGUGUUACAUGAUAAUUGAUAACUUGAUUGUCUUUAGGUCUUUUAUUAUUAUAGGUAAUGAUACUUAUAUAUGCGCCAUAUUUUACUGCAAUAUAAUAUGUUUUGUGUGGGUAAUGUAUGUUAUUAAAAUACUCAAGGCUUCCCGAUCGCUUAUGUUAAUUCAGGAGGCUCUAUAUCCUUAUAUAUAUAUCCUUGUCUAGGCGUCAUGAAGUUUGCCAUGACGCCGUGAUUAGUUUUGUUCAUUCUAUAUUAUAUUGAUUUUGCCAAGAUAGCAUAUAUAUUAUAUUUUAAUAAUAUAUAUAUACUUAGUAGCUGGGAUAUAGUUUAAAAUAUUGCCCGAAAAGUAUAGCCCGUUUAAGAGCCUGUAAGUUAAUUAUGAAUGUAACCAAAAACUUCCACUAAGAAAUUACGUAUUUGUUAUUUCAGUAAAUAGUAUUUUGAUGUUUCCUUAGAGUUUGUUAAACAUUUUUAAAAUGUGUACAAUUAUAUUGUCAAUAGUUUAAUUAAUGUUGUUCUGUUAUGUUGAAGAAGAAAUAAAAAGGGCAAAGUAA